AAUCUCUUCCUAAAAUAGUUUACUUUUCAUCUUCUUUCACAGUUUUCUUUGAUUAUAUUCUUCCAGUGGCAAACUAAAGUUCUGAUUUUUUAUUAGAAUUUUCUUAUUAAUGUGAUUAAGUUAAUUGUUGUUCUUUAGAAAGAAAAUUUCACCAACUUGUUGAUCCAAAAUGGUGCUCGUUAAAUUGUGUCUCUUUAUUACAAUUCUUCUUUUCUUUUCUGGUUUACUAACAGUUAAUUGUGAAAAGAAAGUGACCAAAGUUGAUAAGACAUCAACGAAUUCAGUUGUUGGUAAAUCGAUCACAAACAAAACUAGUAUUUCAAAAGACCCUUGUUCUAAGGCUCGAUGUGGACCAGGACGAGAAUGUGUCAUUGAUCCUGCAACAGCAGAGGCCAAAUGUCUUUGUAUAAGGGAAUGUGGACCUAAUAAAGAUCCUCGUCGACAAGUUUGCGACAAUUACAAUAACACUUGGAACUCAGAUUGUCAUCUUUUCCGCCAUCAAUGUGUCUGCAAAGAAGGUGAAUCAAAGGAUUGUACUGAUAAUCAUUUGCAUAUGCACAUUGAUUAUUAUGGUGAAUGCAAAGAGCUUGGAUCUUGUGAUCAAGGUACUUUGGCUGAUUUCCCAAGGCGAAUGAAGGAAUGGCUUUAUACAAUCAUGAGCAAGAAAUAUCCAAAGCCCGCUGAUCACGAGAAGGACAAUUAUCACCAUGGUUGGAUUAAUGCGAUCAUCUGGAAGUUUUGUGAUUUAGACACUGAACCUCAUGAUAGGAAAGUCUCUCGACAUGAACUGUUUCCACUUCGAGCACCUUUAUUAUCAAUGGAACCUUGUAUUGGUCGAUUUUUGGACUCGUGUGACCCUAACGAUGACCAUUUGGUGACCUUAGCUGAAUGGGGUAACUGUUUGGGCGUUGAAAAAGGUGAAAUUGAGGAUAAAUGCAAUGAAUUUAAUUCAUCAAACGAGGAUAAAUAAUCAAGCAAUUAAUCAAUGCCAUUUGGAAUUACAAUAUUGGAUUGGAAAAUGAUUACAAUUAAUUAAUCGCCGUUGUUACAAUUUACACACUUUUUUUCUUAUAAACUAAUCAAUGAUCGCAAUCAAAAACAAACAUUAUGUAUUAAUCAUGUUAAUUGUCAACUUUAAUUGUUUCCUAAAAAUACCAACAAUCAAUAAUUAAAGCUUGAAGCUUGACAAUUU